AAUGAGUCCUGCACGCAAAGCAGAAAAGGGCUGAAACUGCGGAGAUUCACUCUGGUUAAGUUACAGCAAGCAGGAGGUGUGCGUGUGACAGCAAGACCUUUACAAAGUAGUUUUGUGGAUUUGGGUUCUGUCGUGGCUCUAACUUUUUGUGCUCGCGCUUCAACUGAUGCUGAGUUGAAGCCGAGACCUUCAGCGCUUCUGGCGUGUUAACGUAUCCACACACACACCGGGACGCACGGCGCAUCUCGACCCAGAGAGAAACGAGGAGAGGGAGGGAGAGGUCAAUACGGAGUUCUGCAAAUGGAUUUAUUAUCUGAUACUGUCUGAGUCGCGUCAAACACUUGUUAAUAAUUCUGUUCAUAUCUGGCAAACACUGAUGUUUGAUUCUUCUCCUGCGCGCAACAGAUGCCAGUCAAGCUUUUUGGUUCAUUUGGAUGUUUUUUGAAGGGAAUGUUACUCAUUACUACAAGGAUAACGGACCCCUGACUCAGCCUGGCUUUCUUGGCACUUAUGUGGAUCCUAUCCAGGAUGUUACAGUUUAAACGGCCCAGGCAUUAUUGGGCCACCGGACACUAUCAUCACCACAUAUCACCCUGGGCGUCCCGCUGUGUCUAGGAAUUAGUCACAAUACAGCCACUGCCUCCGUUUGGGAGAAAGAAAACGUGAAGAAAACAAAAAGUUUUGGUGAACAUUGACAUUGGCUUUACAAGUCUCAUCUCUGGGCUACUAUGCAAUUACAACUGAUCUCUUUUGUUUUGAUCAUCUUGCACUGCAUGGAUUACACAGGUUGUCAGACGCACAGCAGCUCCAGGCACCGGCCACAUAAACAGAUCUCUGGUGCAAAUUCAGGGUGCCAACAGGGUGGCUGCCUGACCUGCUCUGACUAUAAUGGCUGUCUGUCCUGCAAGCCGCGCUUCUUCAUGCAUUUGGAGAGGAUUGGGAUGAAGCAGAUCGGGGUGUGCCUGACUUCCUGUCCUCCAGGUUUUUAUGGUACUCGUACCCCUGAUAGAAGCACCUGUACAAAGUGCAGGUCGGAGUGUGAGUCCUGCUUCAACAAGAACUUCUGCACACGCUGUCGAGCAGGAUUCUACCUUUCUGUGGGCAAGUGCCAGGAGAACUGCCCUGAGGGCAUGGUCCGCAGCGACACACAAAGGGAAUGUGUUCCCAGGUGCCCUGCUGAUUGUGAGUUGUGCGCGAACAGCGAGACAUGUACACACUGCCGGCCAGGCUUUUACCAUCUGAGUGGAAGGUGCUACCAUAUGUGUCCAGAUGACUAUGAGCCCAAUGACAAACUGAUGGAGUGCACACUACAAGUGCACUGCGAGGUGGGUGAGUGGGGCGAGUGGAGCCCCUGCUCUAAGUCUGGCAAAACCUGUGGUUUCAAACGGGGCUAUGAGACCCGCACAAGGCAGGUCCUGCAGUAUCCAUCACCCUUUGGCAAACCCUGCCCCGAGAUCUCUGAGCUCAAAGACUGUCUGGUCAAGAAGAGAAAAUGUACAGGACGGAGAAAGCCUGACCGAAAAGAGAGAAGGAAUCGCAACAACCGCAAAGACAAGGACACCCAGGAGGGCCGAAGAGAGAGGAAGAGGGACAGGGAGCGAGACAGAGACAUGGGUGAACGGGAAGACUCUGAUAACAGGAACAAAACAGAGCACAGGCAUCGCAGAGGCCAUGACACAGGGCCAGUCUCCCCUGAAGACAGCACUGUGCAGUAAUGCAGUAAUGGAGUGACUAAAUCUAAUGACUCCCCAUCCUCUUCCCGUAAUCUUCCCAUCCUUCCUGCUCCUCAGCAUCCUCACCCACUGUCUGCCCCCUUUGACCCCUUUCCACAGGGGUGUUGCUGCUACCUGUAUGAUUUGAAAAGACUGUUUAUGCACCAGCGUGAUGGGGCACAUUCAGCCACAGGGCACGGGCCACCAUUGACUUUAUAAAGUUCUUUUUUUUUCUUCCUACUCCGUAGUUUCAACUCCUUCACCUCUACUACCGGGUCUCCUCUGAGUACAGGAGACGCUGCUUUUGGGACUGAGGAACAAUAAGAGUUGUGUAAUGUGUUGAGGAUUGUCAGACAAUUGGACUGAGAGAUACAUGUGCUUGUUGAUAUGGUUAUUUAACAAGGCUCUGGUACAACAUUGUGCAUCUUGGUUUUUGAAUGUAGAUUUUGCAGCAUUAUGUAGAACAAUGGUUUAUUUUUUGUUGUACCUGUUCUUUGGAUCUCUUUAUUUGGUGCAAAGUUUCUAAAGCAAAAAUAAAAAGUACAAGUCUUUGCUCUUGCCAUCUUCAUUAUCACAACCAUUGACACGUGAUUAAGUACGGUCAAAAGCUGAAACAUGUUCUGUACAUCGUGGGGCAAAAGUUAACUUUACCCAGAUAAGUGCUAAAUCUAAUCUACCACUGGUUCUUCCUUUUGUGUAAAUGGAUUCUGUGCUCUCAAUAAAGCUCCUUGCCUAAGAAGCAAAAACACAAGUAUGUCAAAUAAAUCUAUAAUGGGUUUGUACCUGCGUCUGUUGAUUAUUUAUUAAACAUUCCUUGUACAAUC